ACCAGCCACAUGAAACGCACCAUCGAGACGGCCGAGGCGCUGGGGGUGCCCUACGAGCAGUGGAAAGCCCUGAACGAGCUCGAUGCCGGUGUCUGUGAGGAAAUGACCUACGAGGAGAUCCAGGAACGUUUCCCCCUGGAAUUCGCUCUGCGCGACCAGGACAAGUAUCGGUAUCGUUACCCCAAAGGAGAGUCCUACGAGGACCUGGUGCAGCGUUUGGAGCCGGUGAUCAUGGAGCUGGAGAGGCAGGAGAACGUGCUGGUCAUUUGUCACCAGGCUGUGAUGCGCUGCCUGCUGGCCUAUUUCCUGGAUAAAACUGCAG